CAGGACAAAAGGGUCUUCCAAUUUUCCAACUGGAUUGUGAAAAAAGAGAGAAAAAAACAGCUAGACCUAGUAGAGAUUGUAUGGGACAGAGUCAACCAUUCCCUUCUUGGGAUUUAAACAAGGUCACAAAGAAUUUAGGCCGGCAUAUUAUUUAGAAUUUAACACGUAACUUUUCUUUAUGACUUGGUUUAUACUAAUCAACAAAAUACUUACACUACUAUAAUCUACUUUGUUUAAAAUUCCACCCCACAAUUACUUGGUCAUCCUUCUUAUUAUAUAUAUAAAUAAUUCAUAUAUAUGUAUUGUAAGCUUCAUAUUUGUUUCUAUUUUCAGUUCAUUAUUAGUUCUACACUAAGCCUCUACCAAUGGCCUCCUCCACAGGGUGUCACAAGGGCUUAAACUUAAUCAUAUUUGUAUCUUUGAUUAUAACAGCUCUUUUUUCAGAAGCUAAUGCUAUAAACAUAUUUCUAGAAUGGAAUGUUGCCCUUGAUACUACAAUCAGACCUGUGUUAGUAGAUCAACCAGUUAUUACUAUCAAUGGAAUGUUCCCAGGACCCCUUAUUAAUGCCACCACCAAUGAUUUUAUCUAUGUUAAUGUCUUCAACAACAUGGAUGAACCACUCCUUUUCACUUGGAAUGGUAUUCAACAAAGAUUAAACUCAUGGCAAGAUGGGGUAUCAGGCACAAAUUGCCCAAUAAAAGCAGGGAGUAACUGGACUUAUGUGUUCCAAACCAAGGACCAGAUAGGCAGCUUCUUCUACUUUCCUUCACUCCAUUACCAGAAGGCUGCAGGUGGAUUUGGACCCAUUCGAGUCAACAAUCGCAAUGUCAUUGCUGUCCCUUUCCCUAAACCCGAAGCUGAAUUCGACCUCCUUAUUGGUGAUUGGAGCUAUGAUAGUUACAAGUGGAGUCGGUCGUCAGUGCAGCAGCAGCCGCCUAUGGGUUUUCAGGGUCUUCCCGAUAUCAUUUUGAUGAAUGGUAAAGGCCCUUAUGGCCACCAAAUGACAAAGCUCUAUGAAAGUUUCACCGUUACACAAGGGAAAACUUACAGGUUCAGAAUUUCAAAUGUGGGGUCUACUGUGAGUUUCAACUUCAGGAUUCAAAACCAUCAAAUGGUGUUAGUUGAGACAGAAGGAUCUUACUCCAAUCAGAUCACAUUGGAUUCUCUUGAUGUACACGUGGGCCAAUCUUACUCAGUUCUAGUUACAGCCAAUCAAAACGAGUCUGAUUACUACAUUGUGGCAAGUCCCAUGUUGGUCAACACCACCCAGAUGAGUAGUAGCAUGACGGGCAUUGGAGUUUUACACUACUCCAAUUCUGUAUCAUCUGUUGGUGGGCCUCUCCCUGUUGGGCCGGACCCAUUUGAUCUCGACUCAUCAUUAAAUCAAGCAAAAUCCAUUAGGUGGAACUUAACAGCAGGAGCUGCGAGGCCGAAUCCCCAAGGCACAUUCAAUGUGUCAAAUAUUACAUUGUCACAAACUUUCGUCCUCCAAGGCCUAAAGGCUCAAAUUAGAGGGCUACCUCGCUACACAGUGAACAAUGUGUCGUAUUACACAGUGAGCACCCCAUUAAAACUAGCUGAUCAAUUUGUGAAUGGCUCAGGCGUCUACCAACUUGAUGCCUUCCCCACCCAAUCUGUAAACGACAUCGCUGCAUAUGGAAUCUCUGUCGUUUCGGGAACCCACAAAGGGUGGUUGGAGAUUGUAUUUCAGAACAGUUUGGAUGUGAUUGACUCUUGGCAUUUGGAUGGUUUCGGGUUCCAUGUUGUUGGGUUUGGGAUUGGAGAGUGGACAGCAGAGUCACGUAGUACGUACAACAUCUAUGACCCAAUAGUUAGAUCAACAGUGCAAGUGUAUCCAGGAGGAUGGAGUGUGGUUUAUGCAUUUUUGGACAAUCCUGGAAUGUGGAAUUUGAGAUCACAACUCUUGAACAACUGGUUUUUGGGUCAACAACUCUACCUAAGGGUUUUUGAUGCUGAUCCUAAUCCUGCCAAGGAGCGCCCACCCCCUCAAAAUCUUCUUCUUUGUGGGAUUUUUGAUGAGUUCCAGGCUCCAACGCCGGCUCCGGAUGCAGGGUUAUGAUUUGAAUUUAUGGAGAUUAUAAUUAUGGAUUAUAUGUAUGUAUUGUAAUUCAUUCCAUGAAAUUUUCUCCAUUAUGACCCAUUACUUAAUGGGAGAUUGCCAAUUGAAACCUUAAUAAAUUAUAUCUAGAGAAUUAUUAAACCAUAAAAAUCUUUAAACUAAAAUCCAAAGAUAAUAUUUGGAGUUAAAUUUAAUAUGAAAUGAUAUUAGAGGAUGAGACGAACUAUUACAAAGAACAUACAAAACAGUAAAACACUGUAUUAUACCAAUUGCUUAU